AAACGCAUACUCAAUGACAUUUGUGACAAUUCAAAUAAUUAUUCUUUACUUUUAUAAUUUAUAUUUAUAGUGAAUAUUCAAAUUGCAACACAUGAGCACAAUUUUAUGGGAAGUCCGUAACUACUGUGAUUAUAAAUGUAUGUUAAUUCAUAAUGUUGUAUUAGUCGAAGCUUUCCCUUUAAAACUUGGAUUAGACUAAAGUCUGAAAUGCAAUAUUAUUAUUAUUUUAUUUUGACAUAUAUUCCUUCUUACUUUAAUGCUUACGACAAAUAAAAGGCUUAGCAGAACCUAUCUUUGCUAAUUCGCCAGUGCUAACAAGGAACAGCUGGAACUAAGUUCUGACGGGUAUAUUUUAAGUGCAGACAUACAUUUAGAGAAGUACAACUUGGAUGGAUUUUAAAGAGUGAAAAUAUUCAGCAUAGAUUCAACUGAGUCUGAAACCAAGUACAAAUGUCCUCGAGAUAAAACAAAUCAAGGCCACAAUACUACACUACAAGUGAAUGAUAAUGAAUUAAAAGCACAUAUUAAAAGGGUACCCUACUGUCUUAAAUUAUGGAGACGCUGCCACAGCCUGCAGAUUCUAGAAAAGUUCUUGUUACUGGAUACCCGAGCUACACUCAGCCUCAAGACCUCACGAGAAUAUUUUCAAGCUACGGUACUGUGAAAGUGGUAAAGAUAAAUAACAAAUGCGCUGUCCUCGAGUUUAAAGAUGAGGACGAAGCGAAAGAUGCCAUACAGGACUCCAAUGAAGUCAACAUAUACGGGGAGUUCUUGACUGUGAAGCAGUUCACCCAGAAGUCUGCACCGACGACGCCUAAGAGGGACUUUGGGAAAAGCAAGAAAAAAGCAAGCAAGAUCAUAGAGCCCCUCGCGCUGGACCUGUCGGGCGACUUCCAUCAGCAGCUGGCCGGGCUGCUGGGCGCCGUCCGGCUGGCGCAGGACGAGGUGGCGGCGCUGGCGGAGCUCUACCACGACCUGGAGCAAGCGCUGCAGCAGCCCUGGCCCGGCUGCGUCGCGACGCCGUUCGGUUCGAUAACGACCGGCCUGGGCAUCAAGACGAGCGACGCGGACUGCUACAUCAACGUGCCGCCCAACCUGCGCCACGCCAACGCCAACUACGUGCUCAAAGCGAAGCGCGUGCUGCACCAGUACCCGCACCUGUUCGCGGAGAUACUGGCCAUCCCGCGCGCCAACACGCCGAUCGUCAAAUUCUUCCACAUUCCGACGGAGACGAACUGCGACGUGACGUUCAAGACCCCGCUGGGCUCGCAGAACAGCAAGCUGAUCGCCUUCCUGCUGCACGCCGACCCGCGCCUGGUGCCCGUGGCCGUGCUGGUCAAGUACUGGGCGCGCGUGCACGGGCUGUCGGGCACGGGCCGCCUCACCAACUACGCGCUCACCAUGCUCCUCCUGUUCUACCUGCAGCAGCCGCCCGUGUCGCUGCUGCCGUCCGUGAGCUGGCUGCAGAGGGACGCCGACUACGACUGCAUCGUGGACCACUGGAACACCGGCUUCAUGCACCACCACGACCGGCUGCCCGAGUCGACCAACACCUCGUCCAUAUCCGAGCUACUCGGGGGAUUCUUUCAGUACUAUUCAACUUUCAAUUUUAAUGAAAUGGUCGUCUGUCCGUUUUUGGGAAGUCCCAUUAAAAAAGACUUGUUUAAAGAUCUGAGUCUUUUACCACAAGAACUUGGGCGUUACGUCAGUAACAUUCGAGAGCGUUUGACCAGUCCGAUGAGGUUUACGACGUCGAUGUGCAUCCAAGACCCCUUCGACCUCUGCCACAACGUGGCUUCUCCCAUCACCAGUCGACUCGCCUUCGAAAUUAAAGAAUUCUUCAGGUUUGCGGCAGCGGCUUACGAUAAGGAAAAACUUAACAACUGUAAGGGUCUACUCCAGAUGAUUUUAAUUCAAAAACCGAAAAUUUCUAAUGGAAAAUUACAUCCUGAAUUUCGAGUUGUCAUCUACCCAUACGUUAUUCAAUCGAUUAUAAAUCCAGACUGGAAAUCGGUGGUCACAGACGUUAUGAAGAAGGUGUUCGAACAUGUAUGCAAGAUUAAAUUGGUGAAAAUCGAAGAAAAAGCAAACAAUACUGGGAAGAAACAGAAGGAUAAGUACCUGGCUGUCGUAGACAAACCUAUUUGGAAGAGAAACCAGUUUUCGAAACUUUACAAUUUAAUGCAUCUAGAGUUUCUACAGAAGCAAACGCGUAUAACUGAAGAAAUAUUAAACGUCGAAAAGCAACAAUACAACGUUCAGUUCAGGUUGACUUUAACGUUUUCUCAGGAACCGAAGACUGCGGCGGCUUGUAUCAAAUUGAUUGAGGGAGAUCCUGCCGUUUUCAGAGAAUUCGGUAAAUUCUUCAUAUCAAGUAUGCAUAAUUGGUUCAUGACGUUAAUAAAAACGGAACUAAAACCGCGUGAAAAGAAACCGGAUCCCACCGGAUCUGACGUCACAAAUAGUGAAGCUACGAAUCCAGAAUCUGAAGUAGUAAAUAGUGUUAAAAGUAAAAAUGUAGAACAUCAAGUUGUAAAUAAUGUUCAACAUCAAAAUCCAGAAGCUGAUACUAUUAAUAGUCUUGCAGAAAAAGAAGUUCUCACUACAAACGUGUCUCCGACGGACGAGCGCGAAACAAGCUCAACAGAAGAUACAAAUAAAGAUACAGACAAUGUCGAAUGCAUUGCGCCCUGAGCCUGUUGAUAAUGAGAAAUGACGAAGUAAUAUUUAUUAGAUAAUGUUUUGCCGAAUUUUAUCAUCAUUCAUUUUAUUUUAAUAAGCUAAGUGAUCAAUUUUUUCUUUGUAACUAUUUUUUAUAUAAAAUAUGUAGACUUUUGAAGUUGAUAACUUUAA